CGCCCCGCACUACUGACUUCGAAAUUUCCCUCCAGACGCACAGAAUGUCUUUCCAACCCGCAAUCAUUGCGUACGUUCUGUCUGCUCUCAUUAUUCGUCGGUAACGAGUACACCGCGUCCCAGAGUGAUGGGUCCUACAGGAUCAGGGAAAACCAACUUCAUCAACAAACUCACGGGAGGCCAGGAGGACAAAGCAGCGCACCGGCUAAAAUCACAUACGCAGGGCAUUAGGGAGUUCACAGUCAACUUGCCCAGUAACCGACAAUGUGUGCUCGUGGACACCCCAGGAUUUGAUGACACUUAUCGAUCAGACCGAGAUAUACUCCGUACAAUCGCUGAGUGGCUAGAGAAGAAAUACCGCAAAGAGGUCAAACUCACAGGUAUUAUCUACACGCAUCGCAUAACGGACAACCGGAUGUCGGGGUCAGUGGCCAAGAAUCUUGACCUGUUCGCCCGUUUGUGUGGAGAUAAAGCCGCUGGUAGGGUGCGAUUAGUGACCACUAUGUGGGACAGUGCGAAAAACAUGGACACCGCCGACGCUAGGGUAUCACAACUGGAGGAGAACUUCUGGAAGCCACUAAUUGAUGCCGGGGCUCACCAUAAACGAUUCAGGAACUCUCUGGAGUCUGCGUGGGAUAUCAUCAGCGAUUUGAUGGGAGAAGGAGAGGCUGUUUUACUACAGGAAGAACUUGUAGAUGCGGAAAGGAAGCUGAACGAGACAGCCGCUGGCAGAGCUUUGUACACGCAAUUCCAGAGGCUUCUCCAUGAACAAAAGGAAACUAUCAAGCACCUCUCGGAAGAAGCCAAAGCCCAGCAAGACCCGGUGUUGGUUAGGGAGCUCGAGACACAAUACCAGCGCUUGGAAGCUGAACUUCAAAGGACAUGGGAAGAGAUGGAGAAACUGAAAAUCCCAUUCUUGAGACGCAUAGCCUUGUUGUUUUCUAAAAGAACCCGUUCUCGCAAAGUUGAACUGUCCCUGCCAUAGUGCGGGGCUUGAAUGCCUUUUGUCUUACUCUGUUACCAAUGCACUUAGUCUCAAGGACUACCGUAACGCAGGGCCUUAUGGUCACCUAUGUUUCUCCUUGAUGAUUACGUUCUAAACCUUUUCUCUCAGGAAUAAUGUAAUUUAUGAAAUCUCUACUAAUGAAGAAAAAUCAGUGUGAUGUUCGGGAUAUCGGUUUUCGCGUAAUUUUUGGUCCUGGAGCAGUCUCGGACCCAUCA